UUCCCCCUCUUUCUUUCUCUUUCUUCUAGCGAGGGAAGAAAAUAGGUGGAGAGGAACGCCGCGUGAACCAUGCACUUCUAAGAGGAAAACGUAGCGUUUUAUUCAACACAACAGAUGGUGCUGCGCUUUGAAGAACUGAAGCAGCUGCGGUACCAAAUUUAAUUCGAUGGAGGAGAGCGAGAAAGAGAGAAAGGCUAAAAGACCAAGGAGGGAAACCACAAGCCCCGCCGCUCUGAUUAACGAUGAUGUUCUUCACUGCAUACUGUCAAGGCUUUCGGCCUUUCCCUUCGCCUCAGCCGCCUGCGUUAGCAAGACCUGGAACAGAGUCUGUAAUCGCAUCCUCUCUCGUCCUAAGCUCGCCUCUGCCAUCUCCCUCAAUCCAUCUCCUCUUGCUGCCCUAAGAGAAGUUGUUGAUAAGGUUCUUUCCCAGCCAAUUCGCCCGCAUUUUGCAAUUGCAAACAUUGGCCCUGGAAUGAAGUUGAAACAGACUCUCAAAUUUAUAGUAGACAGGUUGGGAUCCAAUACUCCAAUUGUCGUAUCUUCUGUUAGUGGGGUCAUUGGAAGAGAUGCUGUUACUGAUGAAUUUAAAGAGAUCAAGUGGAGGGGAGAUUUAUCUGAUGAUGAUGAUGAAGGAGUGUAUGCACAUUCUGGCAUUGUUUUGACUGUUGGAUAUGUCCCAGGAAUUAAAGUUGAUGCUAUCCCUCUUUGUAAACCAAAAAAGGCUCCUCGACCGGAAAUGAUUGACAAGUUUGUGAUGGAUAUUAGGAAUUAUACAGCUUCUGUUUCAGGCUGCACAUCACCCAUUGGGAUAAUUAUGUUUGGGGUUGGAGAUUUUGACCAGAAACCUGUUAUUGAGAAGUUGGAUCAUGCCAUGCCCAUGAAAACCAUCAUUGUCGGUGAUGAGAGGUGCCCAUUUUUGUACAAAAGUGGAAACAAUUCAAGAAAUAUUAUUGGUAGUCUAAGAUGCUCUAUUGAUGCUGUCGCUCUUGUUUUUGCAAAUGAUAGAGACAAAGCUCAUGGUAUCGGGGACAUUCGGUUUCAUGUUGCAUUGUCGGAUGGUGUAUUAGCAAUUGGACAAAGCUACAAGGCAGCUUCUGUUAGAGUGAAUGACUCUGAGGGCAGUACAUGGCUCACGGCCAGAAGGGAAAGACAGAAGGAUGUUCUUGAUGGUCAACAACUUCUGGAUGACGUCAAUGCUGAGCUGGAAAAUCAUGUGCAAAUUUUUGAAGAACUUGAUCAAUCUGAGCUAUACAUUGGAGUCACAAAAAGAAGAAACUAUUCGGUUGGCUCAGAGAAGGCAAGGUUGAAGACAUCUUUGGUGUUCCAUGAAGUUAUACGAGGUGAUGAGGAGUACCUUUAUGUUGAUGAUGUUGGUAUCAGAAGUGGUGAUACUUUCCAGUUCUACCUCGCAGAUUCUAGAGCUGCAAAGACAUCAUGUAAUAAUGUCUCCAUGGCCUUCGGAAAUUUGAAAUUAGAUUGGGAAACCAAAAAUUGCAGCUGCAGGGAUGUUGAUAAUGCAAUUAACAAGGAGGAGCCUUUUGGGGGUUUUAUUUUCUCCUGCUGUGGUCGUGGGAAACCUUUCUUUGACCACCGUAAUGUUGACAGUUCCCCAUUUUUGGAGAACUUUCCUGACAUGCCACUAGCAGGUACAUUUUGUUCAGGGGAAAUUGCACGUGGUCAUUCAAGCUCAAUCCGGCUUGGGAGUCAAGAGAAAAGCUCAGUGCAUUGCUGUUUGCAUGUCUACAGCACUGUUUAUCUUGUGAUGUCAUACACUCCAGCACUUGAGGAGUAUUAAAUCUUUCCCCACCAUGGUUUGGUUGAAAAUGAAAUGAAAUAGUUGGAGGUGAUUCGAUGAUAACCAAUUAGUGUCUUUGUCUAGGACAUCAGAUUCUGUUGGUCCAUGCAAGGUUUUUGCAAAGACAUCACCCUAUAGACCUAAUUAAAGGUUACAGUAUGAUCCAAAUAAAAAUGUCAACUAAAGUCUUAUCAGGUCGUUUUCAUCAAUUUAUGUUUAGUAUUGCUGUCUUGGAUUGUGAUAUGGAACUAUAGAUAAAUGCAUCAUCUAGAGAUAUUCCAGUUGAAAAACUUGAAAUACAUUGCAAACAUCUUC